AUAUUCAAUGACGUUACACAAUUCAUUGGACACUCGUAUGCGAAAUUGUGUUCAUGACAGACAAUUGUUUGACUCAUUGCUGAUUAUGCAAUUCAACAUACAGUCAAAAUGACUUUCUGCAUUUUUCUUGUGCUGGUUAUAAUAUUCUAUCAACGUGAGGUGAAACAUCAGCGCAAUCUAGGGAGUCUAUCCGUACAAAAGAUGCACCCUCAGAUUAUUGCUAAUGAAAAUAGUGAUGAAAACAAAAACGAUUCAUUGUCCGAGUAGAAAUAAAGUUUACAAUGGGGGAUUCAAUAAAAGUCUCAAUUGAAUCAAGUUAGUGAUAAAGUGUAAUUCCAGGUUGCGUGGUCAGCAACAUAAGUCCAGGAAUAGCCUUGCAAUCAAGGGGCCCCCUGAUUAAUUUUUGGAACGAUGGGACUUUUUUCGGCAAACUUGCUCCUCCAGCUUCUGGGGCUGAUAACUGCGAUCUCUGUUGCGACAUAUCUUUAUUUGAAACACGUCGCUUAUCAUUACUGGAGUUCAAAAGGAAUCACGCAGUCUGAACCUGUCAUCCCGUUUGGUAGCUUAUGGCCGGUUCUUACGACGAAAAAAUCUGUGGGUCAACUUAUGAGCGACCUGUAUUCAAAAUUCAAGAAAAACCGCAUAUUCGGAAUUUACUCGUUUCACAAAGCCAGCCUCGUGGUCUGUGACCCCGAAGUGAUCCGGUUCAUACUGACGAAGGAGUUCAGUGCGUUCCAGGACCGCGGCAUGUAUCGCAAUGAAAAGCUCGAACCACUUAUGGGAAACAUAUUCCUAGUCGAAGGUUUGAAGUGGCGACGUCUCAGGGCCAAGUUCUCACCAACGUUCACGACCGUGAAAACGAAGAACAUCUUCUCGACGGUAAGAAAAAUUGCGGACAACCUCAGCAAGCAGAUAGUCAAGGAGACCAACCGGAGCGACCUCGUUGAGAUGAAGGACCUCAUGGCCAGAUUUUCCACAGAUGUGAUCGCGUUGGCUGCUUUCGGGAUUAAAAGCAAAAGCCUGGAGAAUCCGCAAGCGGAGUUUCAUGUCUGUGGCCGAAAGCUCGUCGAGCCUAAGCCAGUGAGGAAUGCACUUGCCACACUGUGUCCAUCGGUGAUGAAGAUAUUCAACAUAAAAUAUCUUGACAAAGAAAUUUCAAAUUUGAUAAUCACCGUCUGUAAGAACACCGUCGAAUACAGGAGGACGAACAACGUCGUCCGAAACGACUUCAUGGACCUGGUCAUUCAGCUGAUGACCAAGGGUUACGUGAACUCUGAUGACGGUAAAAACACGCAACAGGAUCCAGUGACUGACAAUGAGAAGAUCACCUUGCUGGAAGCAGCGGCUCAAGUCUUCAUUUUCUGGUUUGGUGGAUUCGAGACCUCUUCUACCGCCGCCACUUACUGCCUCUACGAGAUGGCAAUGAAUCAGGUCAUACAAGAGAAGCUUGCCGAUGAAAUUAACAGCGUGAUACAGAAGUUCGGCAGCUUAACAUACGAUUCCAUCACGGAAAUGACGUAUCUUGACAAAGUGAUCUCAGAAACCCUCAGAAAGUAUCCAUCCUUCAUGAUCCUGAACAGGGAGUGCAACAGGGAAGUCGAGCUGCCCGAGACCGGGUUUGUCGUCCCGGUUGGAACCCCGAUAGUCGUUCCGGUGUUGGGUAUCCACCACGACCCCGACAUUUACCCUGAACCGGAAAAAUUUGAUCCGGAACGCUUCAACCAAGAAAAUACCGCCAAGCGACACCGAUACGCGUACCUCCCGUUUGGCCAAGGGCCCAGAAACUGCAUAGUCGUUUCUGUCCCUUCAACAGGCAUGAAGUUUGGCCUCCUUCAAACAAAAAUUGGUAUCAUCACUCUGCUCUCCGAGUAUCGUUUCAAGCCAGGACCGGACACCAAAGUUCCCCUACCUGCCGAUACAGGAAAUUUUUUUCUGACUCCGCAAGGUAGAGUGACGCUACGUGUUGAAAAAAGGGAGAAAAAUAAAAAGAAUCAACUGUAACAAUAGGUCAUUUUUUGCAUCGCUAUGUAUAUAUUACCGUCUAUGUUCUACAAAAAUUUUCUAAUUCCGAGAAAGAAAAAUGGUGUGAAAGUAAACUCACGUCAUACCUUACAUUCUUGCUACAUCUCAGUACCCAUUGACUGAAAUUUUCGUCACAUAGCAUACGGCCAAUACCAUAUAAGAUUGGUAGAUCAGAUGACCCUGAAUCCAAAAGUGCAAAUUUCAAACACCUUACACGCAGCAUACAAUCCCCGCGCAUCUUAAAGAAUGCCAAAAAAUUAGCCUAUCUCAAAAUUAUCAUCUCUUCUAAUUUUCGAAAUGUAGGUAAAUGAUAGUUCUGAGGUACCGAAAACAUGCUUUCGGCUAUCGACAGCACAGCGCUUAUGAAUUGAAGUUGAAGGAACUUCCAAAUAAAUUGUAUAAAAUGAAAGUGCAUGACAAAUGGGUGCCUACACUAAUCGUCAAUAGAAUGGCUAUGUUAUGAGAAUGUAC